CCCCAGGUUUCCUGGCUAUGAAUGGGCUCUCUCCCAGUCUGAAGGGAUUUCAUUCAUUCAUGAAUUGGUUACAAUAAAGAAAGGCGGGGAAAUCUCCCUAAAGAGAUUGGUUUUAAAGGGGAAACCAACUCCACGCUCAUUUUUCUCCCAGCGGUUGGCGUUCUAGGGAGUUGCAAAACUGGGUCCGAGUGGAUUUUUCGUUUCCUCUACUCAUUUGUGUCUCUAUUUAUUUGUGUUAACCUGGCUGCUUUCCCCUUUCUUCUGAAGGGAAAGAAACGACACACCUGCUUGGUGCUUGGACCCGCACCCUUUUCUCCUGGGUGGUGACUGUGUGUGGGUGCUGGAGAAGAGAGAGAAGAUCUAAGGCAGACAUACAAUUCAGCCCACGAUGUGCAUGGGGCUAGUUAGUCUCUCCGAAACUCUGGCGGUAGGACUCCUGAAAAGGCUACCAGCAAGACAGCGGCAGCAGCACCGCCACAUUAUCUAUUAACUGGACCUUAGUUCACAGCUCGGACAUAUCGGGGGCUGCAAGAAGGAUCGAGGAGCUGGGGCAGCAGUGGGGAGAUAAACAUUGGGGAGGAAAGGACCAUCUCCCGUCUCAUCAGGACGUGCCUGGCUUGAAUUUAUUUAAAGCCCCAGCAGCUGCCUCAGCUUGUCUAAAACAAUCCCACCACAGCCAGCCAGCAAUCUGGAGAAGUACGUGCGGGCUGAUUUUUUCCCUGCAGGUGAAUCUCCUGCUCUCCAAUGACCUUUCCCAAGAGGGAGAAGGAGCGAGGCGAGAGGGGGCAAAGUCUUGCUGUGUAUUAAAAGCAGACCAAUCAGAGGUGGAAUAACAGAGGGGGAUUGCUGCAGGACGCGGUUAAUUUUGCUUCCUUCUCUGCUUGCAAGGCUGGAUCGGGACCUUCACUGAUCUGGCAAAGGGGCGAGAGCGGCGCUGUCCCUUUUUAGCAGAUAAAACCUACAUCUCUCCUUUAUAAAAAAUCCUUUGAUCACUUUUAAAUUGUGCACAAGAAACACCCCCCCAACCUCUCCCUCCAAAGCCCCCUCUCCCCCCUGCACCUGCUUGCCGGAUCCCUGUUUUAUUUCAAGAUAAAAUCCGAGAGGAGGGGGGGAAACCCCCACACAGCAAAUUUAAAACACUCCCCCACCACCCCGAACAAAUUCAUGCCAGUGGAUGCCGGAGGAGGAUUGGGAUUUUGUAAGCGAUGCAAGUGCGAUAAGGCUGGAGUUUCCCCCCGGAACCUGAAGGAGGAUCGCUAGGUGUUUCCAAAAGGAAGCGGGGCUGCAGGAUGAAUAAGAGAUACUUACAGAAAGCAACAAAAGGAAAACUGCUAAUAAUAAUAUUUGUUGUAACACUGUGGGGGAAAUUAGCAUCUGGGGCAAACCACCACAAAGCUCACCAUGUUAAAACUGGAACCUGUGAGGUGGUGGCUCUCCACAGAUGUUGUAAUAAGAACAAGAUAGAAGAAAGGUCACAGACAGUCAAGUGCUCCUGCUUUCCUGGGCAGGUAGCAGGUACCACCCGAGCAGCCCCUUCUUGUGUUGAUGCUUCAAUAGUGGAACAGAAAUGGUGGUGCCACAUGCAACCAUGUCUUGAAGGGGAGGAAUGUAAAGUUCUUCCAGAUCGGAAAGGAUGGAGUUGUUCCUCUGGGAAUAAAGUGAAAACAACUAGGGCAAACGUGUAAAACUCUUCAAGUCUGAAUGGAGAAGUAGAAAAAGGAGGUUUCUGCUGUGCCUGAUGACAAUUUUUGAUUUUUCCACACACACAAAAUAUCCUGGCUCCACGCUGGAGCACUAGUUGUGGUGAAUCCUAGGCUUGGUCGGAUUCUAAGGAAGGGCCAGAAGGUUCGUUGAGGAAUAAAGAGUCAAAACCACUCCAGAAAUGUGUUCCAGCCCUGGUUUAUUACUCACACAGCAGCAGGUAACCCGAUAGCUAAAGACAACUCAAGUCUAUCUCAAGUCUGAUAAUGCUAACGUAACAGGAAUUUCAUACCUCCCUCCAGGCAAUCCUUGAAGUGAGUUUACACUGCUGGGGUGUAUUGGCUUGUAAUCAGCAACAGCUUGAGAUCAAAACUACUGGAAAGUCAUUGUGAACUUUUUUGUCACAGAGAUUUCAGCUGAUUGAACUAUGUACACUUACAAAAUUGCACUUGCUGAGGAAUUUAUGGCUGCAAUCUAAAGCGGUGAUGCUCAGAGGGUGUAGAAGAGGCAGCAAUCUUUCGGGUUCUCCAUUCCAGACUGACGGCUUUUCAUCUUUACAAAAGCAGUCUUCGAAAUGUACUGGUUCUUUCACUCUGAAAUGUUCCCUGGUUCUAUGUACAAAUUGCUGGUGGGACUGCACGCUACUUUAAUCAAAUUUAUGUUGCAGAACUUGUCCUCUGGCAUAGCGCAGUUUUAGACCUUUUUAUUUGUAUUUCUAAUCUUGGAUCUCUGAAAGGCUACAUGUUUCAACAUCUUGAAGUUGCUUUUGUUAUAGGAAUGGAAAUAUAUAUCCAUCGUUAAUAAUUAUUGUUGACAAGUAAUAGUUAUCGGAAUACAUCAAUCAUAUAAGAAUGUAUAGCCAGCCUGACAUGUUUCCCUAAGGCUAACCAACUACUGUAGCUCUUUGGCAGUUUCAUUAUAAGUAUUUUAUACCUUUAAAAAUAUACAUUUCCAUUUAGUUUGAAGAUGAUGGGUGUUUCUGGUAUGUCCUUUACUUUCUUAACCUUAAGUCCUUUCAAGUUGACAGUAAGCAGUAAAUGACAUUAGCUAGUCCCUUUUUGUAAAGGUAGACAGGGAUGCAUGCAAGUUUUACAAUUCUGAGAUUGGAUGGCAUUCAUUCAGAGUUUCUUUUAGUUAUUUAUUUUUUUAAACUAUCUCUUGCUUGAACACAAGUACUAUCUGGAUGCUUAUGUAGAUGUCUGCUCAGUCUGUUAAUAGAGGGAAAAAAUCUUUCCCCCCAAAUCUGAAGUUCAUAAAUGUUUUGCUUAUAGUUAUCCAGUCCAGGUCUUCUGGGACUUUCCAUAGUCAUUUCCCCUAAUUAACAUUUAUUUUCCUAUUUUCUAUUUCUGUAGCAAUUUUUUGUGAUGUACUGUUCUAUGAAAACCCUUAAUAUUUAAAGGCCUUAAACAUAUAUGAAUUUUGUUUCUAAGUUAUUACAGAAUGUAUAAUUUUAUACUCCAUUUAAUAUAUUCAGUACCACUGGUAAUACUAAGACAAAGGAACCCUGAUAAUUCAUUGUUGUACUGUAUUGAUGCUGCAUAAGCAUGCUAACCGGAGAGAGAGAGUGAGAGUUAGAUAGUAUGCUUUAUUGUCUAAAUAGAGUCAAAGACCACAGCAACUCAGACCUAGUGAAAAUAAUUGUGUGGGCAGUCUCAUUCAAACGGCCUGCAUGGUUACCGGAAUGUUAAAAAAAGCAGGGGGAAGUCCUUUUAUAGUUACAACCCAUUGACAUGGCUAAUUAGAUAUAAAUUGGGUUCCAUGAUGGAUGAACACACUGGAGUGCUCUGGUUAGUUACAGUAUCCUAGGCUCUUCCAAGAUUAUUUCAUUAAACCUCCUGUGUUAUUGCACAGGAGAGCUAAAAAUUAAUGAUUGUUGGGAAUAAUUUGAGAUGUACAUUUCAUCAUUCUGCUGAGAAAUAAUCAAAAAUGUUGGCAGGGAAAGAUAUUCUUUUCUGAUUAAAAUUUAAUUUGGAUAAACUGUAGCACCACUAGCUAUCUGUUUUUUCAAAUGCAUUAAUAUUGUAUGGAUUUGUGCUAAAAGAGCAUCUUAAGGAGAAAAGUAAUUCCUUUGUUUGGAACAGUACCAAUUAUAAAUGUGUUAUUUUGUAGAAUAUGAGUUUGGCCUUAAUUUGAUCAAAAUACUGUAUCAUGCUUCUCAAUAUUUGUUUCCUUUGACUUUGUUCUCUGAAUCAACACUGAAAAUACUGUAUUAUAUACAAGUGUAACAGAUGCUUAUCAAUAGGUGAAAAUAAAUGGAUUUUCAAAUAUACUGAAUAGAUUA